AUGCCAGAACUCGUAUCAAAAGGCACCAUCAUUUCUAAAAAAGGCUUUAAGAAAGCUCUAAUGAAAACUCUCAAGAAAGAAGGGAAAAAGCGUAAGAAAUGCCGGAAAGAGAGCUACUCAAUUUACAUCUACAAGGUGCUAAAACAAGUUCACCCUGACACUGGAAUCUCUUCAAAGGCCAUGAGUAUCAUGAAUUCUUUCGUAACGGACAUCUUCGAGCGCAUCGCGGGCGAGGCAUCGCGCUUGACGCAUUACAGCAAGCGCUCGACCAUCACCUCCAGGGAGAUCCAGACGGCCGUGCGCCUGCUGCUGCCCGGGGAGCUGGCCAAGCACGCCGUGUCUGAGGGCACCAAGGCCGUCACCAAGUACACCAGCUCUAAGUAA